AUGGAACAACUGGCAGAACUGGCAAACAAAACAUGUAAAUACGAGGAGCUGCUCAGGGAAGAACAACAGAAAAGGAACUCCGCAAAAGGCACAUAUUACAAAACUCCAUCUUCUUCAAUACAUCUGGUCGAAGUGGAGUCAGAAGAAGGCACAGAAAGCUCGGAGGAAAGGGAAGUUGCAUUGGCGAAAAUGGCAAAAUUAAAAUAUCCCAUCAGUGGCUCUGACAAAGCCACCAAAGGACCAGAAGCCACCACCAUUUACAGGAGGAAGGCAAUAGAAACACCUCACAGGCUGCCCAAGCCAGAGGAACUCGAGGGCAGACAGCUAAAACUAGCUGAGAAACCUCCUUCGAUGACAACAAACCUUUUUAACCAACCUCAAGUCAACAUGGUCAACUUAAAUUGGCCAGAACAAAAGAUAGGCAAACUAACGGCAGAAGCUAGCCCUAACAUAGGUAGAAGAGUCACAAGAGAGGCUAAUCAGAGACCAAAAGUGACCAUUUCAGCUGGGGUAGUUCUGUGCAGCAGGUGCAAAUGCGAAAAUGACCAGACUGGACUCCUCAAAACAGGUGAGCAAGAAGACAAGACAGAAGAAUAUAGAGAAAAACGGAUAGAGUACGAUGGAGAACUAGAUGAAGAAACUAAGGCUUUCGGUGCAGAAUUAGAAAGCCUACUACAAGGUGAUCUAGGCAUUAAUAUGGUGUUUAUCCUGCCAGAAAAGUUCAGGGCAGUAGAAGGACAAGAGAACACUUUGGAAGGAGAUGUUGCUGAUCAAGAUGGGCACUACCAUGAAAUGCCUGGACUGGACAGAGGACUGCCGGAGCACAAGUUGCCAAUGAAAGAAGGAUACUUGCCAGUCAACAAGCAAGCUUGCUUGCUCUUGGCUAUGGCUGCUCCCUCUUUGGGGCAUUUCAUCAAACACCUUCUAGGCAUUUGCAAGGGUCAAGUUCUUGGGUUUCCAUGGCGGAUUCCGAGAUUGCGGGGGUCAAUUGACCCCUUUUGCCCCUAUUUGGAUCAGCCACUGGCAGUCAGAAUAUGUGCAGACUACAGAAAUCUGAAUGAAGCAUCUCCUAAAUACGAGUAUCCAAUGCCCAUGGCAAACAUGCUGGAGAAGACAUCCACAAGACAGCCUAUUACCUGA